AGCCAGCCUGCUCCCCACUGGGCUCAGCAAGUCCACUGGGGUCCGCGGUCCUCCUUCCCGCCCACGAUCUUUCUGGAAAGGAGAACCAAACUCUUCCCAGAUGAAGGGGGCCCACUUGUUCAUCGUGGGGAUCUACUUGCUGGCCUCCUGCGGGGCGGAGGAGGGGCUGAACUUCCCCAGCUAUGACGGCAAAGACCGGGUGGUCAGUCUCACGGAGAAGAACUUCAAGCAGAUCUCGAAGAAGUACGACUUGCUUUGCCUGUACUACCACGAGCCCGUGUCUGCAGACAAAGUCGCACAAAAGCAGUUUCAGAUGAAGGAGAUUGUGCUGGAGCUUGUUGCCCAGGUCCUGGAACAUAAAGAUAUAGGCUUUGUGAUGGUGGAUGCCAAGAAAGAAGCCAAGCUGGCCAAGAAACUGGGUUUUGAUGAAGAAGGAAGUCUGUAUGUUCUUAAAGGGGAUCGCACGAUUGAAUUUGAUGGCGAGUUCGCAGCGGACGUGUUGGUGGAGUUCCUCUUGGACCUAAUUGAAGACCCAGUGGAAAUCAUCAACAGCAAACUGGAAGUCCAAGCCUUUGAACGCAUUGAAGACCAGAUCAAACUCAUCGGCUAUUUCAAGAGCGAGGACUCGGAAUACUACAAGGCCUUUGAAGAGGCAGCUGAACACUUCCAGCCUUAUAUCAAAUUCUUUGCUACCUUUGACAAAGGGGUGGCCAAGAAGUUGUCUUUGAAGAUGAACGAGGUUGACUUCUAUGAGCCAUUCAUGGAAGAGCCCAUCACCGUUCCCGACAAGCCUCACUCCGAAGAGGAGCUUGUGGAGUUUGUGAAGGAGCAUCAAAGACCCACUCUGCGGCGCCUGCGGCCGGAAGACAUGUUUGAAACGUGGGAAGAUGAUUUGAACGGGAUCCACAUUGUGGCUUUCGCAGAAAGGAGUGACCCAGAUGGCUUCGAGUUCCUGGAGAUCCUGAAACAGGUGGCCCGGGACAACACGGACAACCCCGACCUGAGCAUCGUGUGGAUCGACCCAGACGACUUUCCUCUGCUCAUUGCCUACUGGGAAAAGACUUUCAAGAUUGACCUCUUCAAGCCACAGAUCGGGGUGGUGAACGUGACAGAUGCUGACAGUGUCUGGAUGGAGAUCGCAGAUGAUGAUGACCUGCCCACAGCGGAGGAGUUGGAGGAUUGGAUUGAGGACGUGCUUUCUGGAAAGAUAAACACUGAAGAUGAUGACAAUGAAGAUGGUGAUGAAGAGGAUGACAAUGAUGACGACAAUAAUAAUUCUGAAGAAGAGGAUAAUGAUGAUGACGAUGAUGACGAUGAAGACGACGAUGAUGACAAUGAUGACGACGAUGAUGACUAGUCCCAGCUCCAAGUGGUUUUGAUGGAAACAAAGUCACAGCUACCACUACCGGCCAGACAGGACAGGGUGUCUGCAAGGAGUCCUCACCCAUGUCCCGUCACAUCCUUUCCUGUGCCCACGAUCUCUCUUCCCACCCCUUCUCAUCAGAAGCUAUGCAAUCAGCAAAUGCCUUUCUAACCCACGAGUCCCACUCAGCAAGACAGUGGGGAAUUCUUCCCAUUUUGACUGUCUUGAUUGUCAAAAGGCUUUUUGUUCUUUGCCAGACCACCAGUCUGGGCAUGGCGGUGCCGUGGAGCUCCCAGCCUGGAGGGCAGCCCCCUGACACCUCUACUCAAGCCUUUUUGUUGUCUUUGACCAUGGCAGUGUGCCAGCUCCUGGGCAUGCAGUGAGCUUCUGCGCAGAACCCAAGAAAGUCACACAAUGAAUCCACGUCACUCCCACGCCCACAACAUUGGUUAGGGUCCCUCUGCCAGCCAACGGGAGGCAGUCAGUGUAUCAAUCUGCUCUUUUUGACUCGGUUACUAAGUUGAUUAUUUCAAGUACAGUUUAGAUCAUGAUGAGCUUAGAGCCCACCUCUGGAUGGCCACUGAGCAGCCCUGAAACACACAAAUGUUGAUGUCACUAUGGUGUCUGAUGUAUCAGGAUAGUGGGAUGCGGAGCUGAUUUGCUCUCUGAACUUCCCUCUAAGUGACAAGUCUUGCACACACACACAGAGGAGCGGGGAGCCAGAAUGAGGGAAGAUUUUUAGCUUUUUUCUGAUGUGUUCACUCAUCUGAUUAGGGAGCAUCUUCAUCUGAGCUGGGGCCUGGACACCCCUUCCCUGUCACUGCCAGUGACCUUUCCUAUGUGGAAGAAAGGCUCAUUUAUCCAGAAGUCAAGUAACUCUCCCCUUACCACCACCCCCACAGCUAACCAGGACAGCAAAAUUUAUAAUGAUGCCUUGAGGCACUGAAAAAAAAUCCCAGAGAGCCUGGGGAACUAGCUAAAGUUAUAUUGUGCUCAGUAGUCUUAGAUUAAGUUGCAUUAAUUUAUUUUGUCAGUCCUUUAACACGUGGUGAGACACGACACAUUCUUUGAAAAUAAGACCAUCCUUCAUGGGAUAGUAGUCAACUAACUCUACCAUUAAAUUCAUU